AAGCAAAGCACUUUUGCUGCCACCCUAUCGCGUCACUUAUUCCUCUUUUCCAAGCGUCACCGAGAGAUGUCAUCUGCAAUAUAUGUGGAGUUUGAAGGCGGUCGCCGCAUCUCCCAUAAGGAUAUAGGCAAUGAUCUAACAAAUGCCGAGAUACAUGACGUGUUCCUGGAAGCGAAAAAAUUUUUCGAAAUUUUAAUGUCAGAAGUGCAAAAAAGAAGUUUGAAAAUUGUUGAUAGAUGGGAGACAAUACUCCAGGAGAACUCAGAACGCCUGCACUUGAUGGAGGAUCUGAGUGCCCGGGAUUUGAAGAACAUCCAGUUUGCGUAUGAUGUUGCCAUCAAAUCGAAAAAAGAACAGAACUCGCAAAAUGUCCAAUAUAAAUUAUUCCUAGAUGUUGUUAAACGCUUCUGCGAUCAUGGAGUUCGUCUUCUCUGUAUUAUUUCCUUUACACAGAGUAUGAUCUACAAACUGAGAGACAAUGAGAGGAAGGAGCUUCAUAAAUUCAUUCGGGACAAGACAAAAACUUACUCAUCUUUGGUACUUGACUCACUUGCUACCAAGCAUGAAGUGUCAAAGAUAUUCGGUGAACAAGCUACAUCGACAAUGAUCACUUUGCCUACGCAAUUUGUCAACCCUCACGUCCCAGUUUGGGUGCCUGCGAUUGAAAAUUACAUCUUACUACCUCCAGGUAAUUACGCCACAUUCGCUGUCGCACCUUAUGACGCCAUUACACUGCCAUCACAAUUAUUAGAUGAAGGCAUACAGAACAGUCAGCAUUUUCUGGAAGAAAGGGCACGCAAAAGUAGGUACACUAGUUGCGUCUUUAUCGCUCUGCCUGAGAAAGAUGGAGAUUGCGUAGUUAUUGCGCGUUUAAGCUACAGCGCUGGGUUUGCGUUAACCUUUAACGGCUUUACAUAAUUAUAUGCGCCUAUCUUCUUAUUUAUUCUAGGGUGACCGUGCCACGUAUCAAGUAACCCUUAUAUCCAGCCUGCACUGAAGUCGUUGUUUUUGUAGAAUUCAGAACAUCAAUAUAAACUUCUUUCCCA